AAAUUCUUGCUGGAGGAAUAAACCCUAAACCCCUAAAAUCCUCCCUGAAUAUAUUUUUUGGAAUUAAAAUCCGUUCAGAUUUCUUUGUACAUGGCUUCUUCGGAGAUUGAGGUGGUGUCAUCAGAAUCAGAACCGAAAACCCAACAAGUUGCUGUAAUCGAUGUUUUCUCGGCCUCUGCUUAUGGAGAUUUUGAUAAACUGAGGAAAUUCGUGGAAGAAGAUGGUGCCUCUCUUACUACACCUGACGGUAACGGAUACUACGCCCUUCAGUGGGCUGCUCUCAACAACUUCCCAGAUAUUGCUCAGUACAUUACCGAGCAUGGUGGAAAUGUGAAUGCAAUUGACAACAACAAGCAGACUGCUUUGCACUGGGCUGCAGUUAGGGGUUCCAUUGCAGUGGCAGAUGUGCUCUUGCAGAAUGGAGCUCGAGUCGAAGCCACUGACAUCAAUGGUUAUCGGGCGGUUCAUGUUGCCGCUCAGUAUGGGCAAACGGCUUUCUUAAAUCACAUUGUUGCCAAAUAUCACGCUGAUUAUGAUGCACCUGAUAAUGAUGGAAGGUGCCCACUUCAUUGGGCUGCGUAUAAGGGAUUUGCAGAUACAAUUAGAUUGCUUCUAUUUAGAGAUGCAUCACAAGGGAGACAAGACAAAGAAGGUUGCACUCCAUUGCACUGGGCUGCAAUAAGAGGAAAUGCAGAAGCAUGCACUGUACUCGUGCAUGCAGGCACAAAGCAGGAAUUAGUGGUGAAAGAUAAAGCUGGAUUUACCCCUGUUCAGCUUGCAUAUGAUAAAGGUCAUCGGCAAAUCGCCCUUUUCCUUUCUAACGCAGCUAGAGCCAAUAGCAAUCGAUUGGUGGACAAGUUCUGCAGUGGGAAGAUGGGGGAUGUUGGUUAUGCUCCUAUCUUAUUUUGCGUUAUAAUUGUUCUAAUUAUCCUCUUCAUCAACUCAGUUCUUACUGCUCCAAGUCUUUCUAAGGUAACUGCCAUUGUUGGACUUUGGGGAUGGAUUGAUGUUUCCCUAGCUAUUGGUUCAUUGAUAAUGUUCUACAGGUGUAGUAGUAAAGAUCCAGGUUAUAUUAAAAAACAUGGAGGAUUGGAUGGCUAUGAAGAUACAGAGGAUCCCUUGCUGAGUAUUGAUAUGAACAAUUCAUCAGUAUGGACAGGAAAUUGGUCUCAGCUUUGCCCUACCUGCAAGAUAAUAAGACCCAUUCGUUCUAAGCACUGUCCUGUCUGUAAGCGUUGUAUUGAACAAUUCGACCACCAUUGCCCAUGGAUAUCGAACUGUGUUGGGAAGAAAAAUAAACGUGACUUCUUUGUUUUCGUUUGCAUGGGAACCUUGACUUCAUUCCUUGCUGCAUCUAUUGCAGUUCAAAGGAUCUGGACAGCAAUACCAGCACUGCCUGCCGAUGAAACAUGGAUUCAUCAUGUGAUUAUUCAUCAUCCUGGUAUUGUUGCAUUUCUCAUUUUGGAUGCUAUUGUUUUGAUUGCUGCUACAACUUUGACCACAGUACAGGCAUCCCAGAUAGCUCGAAACAUCACCACGAAUGAAUUAUCAAAUGCCAUUCGCUACGGGUAUCUUCGUGGCCCUGAUGGACGGUUCAGGAACCCAUAUAAUCAUGGAUGCCAAAAGAACUGUACCGAUUUCCUCAUUCGUGGCUACACAGAUGACGAGGUUGCUUGGCCUCCGUUACAGAGAGUUGCCAGUUAGAAAUACAGUCUUUGAGCUUCUGCCAGAUUCCUUCUUGUAGAUACAUACACCAUGCUUCAUUAUUCACAGUCUCACUCCUGUUAAUAUUAUGAAUGCUUUGCACAUUAUGACUGUUCUUCAUACACAUUUAUAUACAAUUCCAUGUGAACAGAAGGGUUAGUUUGAAUUCCAUUCGGCCAUGUCAGAUUCUCCAUGUUUUUCGGGCUGAUGUGCGGGCUUUUGUAGGGCACAUAAAUUAAGACAAAAAAAAUCACACUAUCCAUA